AUGGUAAAGGGGCUCGUAGCUUGGUUAUCUCUUCUACUCCUGGGCUCGACCUACGGUCAACCAGUAAGGAACCCCUGCGAUCCUUGCCCACAGCCCUGCGAAUGUCCCCCUCCGAACCCAUACCCGUGCGACUCAUGCUUCCAGCCCUGCAAUCCGUGCUUACCGCCAUGCCCGCCUUGUCCCUACGAGGAUGCCUGCCAGCCGGAGCCCAGUGACCCGUGCAAUCCGUGCGACGCGUACGACUCAAACAUCCAGGGAGAGGUCGUGGAUUUGCACGCUUGCAGUCCCCAGGAAUCGAAUGUCAAAUUUGUGUACGGACAGGCUCCGGCCGGAACAUUCUUGGUUAAGCCUGGACAAGUCAGGUUUCCGAGGCCUCAGCCAAUCUUAGUGCGCCCGGGGAAGAUAACUCUACCAACUCCGCCUUCAAUCUACGUGAGACCAGCAUCCGUCCAGCCCCCUGCCCCCGCCCCCAUCACGGUUAACCCACCGCCAGUGCAACCCCCGACACCUUCACCGUUCUACGUCAGGGUGCCAUCAGUAAGACCACCGACCCCAAGGCCAAUUGUGGUCAGACCCCCACCAGUCGAAGUGCCGAAGCCAGCACCGAUUCAGGUCCAACCGAAGCCAGUGCAGCCUCCAGUACCGGACACACUGGUCGUCAGCUUACCCAGGAUAUCCGUGCCUGCUGCCCCGACAAUCUGCUUCUCACCUAAUCCCAUCUACCGCGUUCACACAAUAGGAACUCCAAGCAUCAAAAGCGUAUCGCGUAACUUUGAUUUUAACGGCUACAACCAGCCGCUAUGCACAAAUAGUUGCAGCCAGCCAAUUUGCCCCAACAGCGGCAACCAGCCUACCUGCACCAGUGGCUGCAACCAGCCUAUUAGCUGCAGCAGCUGCAACUAG